AGGGCGUCCUGGGGAUUGUGGUUUCCAUGUUGGCAUGAAGGGGGACGUCUGAAAGGGCUGAUGGGAGUUGUAGUCGGAAGUUGGGCGCGCAAGAGGGGAAGAAACUACAUUUUCCACAAUGCCCCUGACUGAACUCUUCCCUCCCUCCCUCCGCUCCUAUAGAGCGUAGUUAUCAGCAACGGCCGUUGCGGCCGACCGGGAUGUGAAUCGGCUGAAGUACCGUCGCGUCCUGAGUGGGGUCCGCGAGCUUAGUCUGCAGCGCUGUGAUGCGUUCCGCAGUAGUGAACAGCCGGAGAGCGGACUGGCUGGGGAGCUCGCGGGUGCCGCGCUGCAGCUAGGGUCCGGCGCUGCGAUUCGGGUUCGGCUCUGCGGUGUGAUCCCAAACCCCGGCGCGGGCCCGACUCCUCCCUAGUGCCCCCAGCGUUGUUUGCGGGCUCCCCCUUGGUUUCUACGGGGCGGGCCUGUGCGGGGGAGCCCUUAGCCGCGCCCCGCCGAGCUCAGCUCCUGGGCUGGCGCUGGGGAUAAGGCAGAAAGGAGCAGCGAGGUCGAGUUGUGGGGUGAUGCGGGAACUGUCUGUCCCAGCAGAACAGAAGUGGGGGUUGCUGCUCUCGGGCAAACCUGGGGCACUCAACGGGGGUAGCAGGAAAACAUGGCUGCCCUAGGGCACAUUCAGUUUGGCUAAUGCCGGACUUCUGGGAAACGCCAUAGAGGCAUUCAGAAAUAGAUGCAGGGAUUGGACUGGUUGACCUAGGAGCUUUAGGGUUUGUCUACGCUACCCGCUGGAUCGUUGGGCAGCGAUCGAUCCAGCGGGGGUCGAUUUAUCACGUCUAGUCUAGACGCAAUAAAUUGACCGCCAAGCGCUCUCCUGUCAACGCCAGUACUCCACCAGGGUGAGAGGCGCAGGCAGAGUUGACAGGAGAGCAUCAGCCAUCGACUUACUGCAGUGAAGUAGAUCUAAGUUUUGACUGAAGCAUUUACUUCUGUUGAAGAAAAGAGGGAAUUGGGCUUAAAUUUUCUAUAAGAAAUGAAAGUGUUGCUUUUCAACCAUGUCCGCCCAUAAUAUUGGAGUGAGCAGACAUUCAGUUCUCCCUCCCAUUGUUCCUGACAGUGAUAAGAAAUUUUUAGACAGUAUACAAGGAUACAUCAUUACAGAAAUUGAAAAAGUGGGUUGUACAGAACAAGGACCAGCUGAGGAGUAUUACAUUAUAUACUGUAAUGUUUUUGACAAGAUAAUAGAGCAUGUUACUGUGUACAAGAACAUCCUGACUUCAAUCAAACAGGAGUAUGAUGCAUUUAUUGAAGCAAUAAAAAAGGGCCAAAGGAAUGCAUUUUAUCUUCAUGGAAAAUUGAAAGUUCUGGCAUCUGAGCCUACAACUCUAAUAUAUUAUAGAAAAAGAACAAUGCAACUUGAAGACAAAAUAAAAGUUAUCGAGAGAAAUUCUGCUAGAAUUCAAAAUCUGAUAUUGAAAAUAAGAAAUAUUAAGAAAGUGCCCUCUACAGAAGUUUUGACUCCAAGAAAAAAGAUAAACCCUGCUAAGCCUAUACCAGGUCUGACUGUAAAAGAAUCUCUCAGCUUAGAUGCUCUUUCUAGACACCUUGCUCAGCUAGAAGGGAGAGUGCAGGAACUGAAAGCAGACAUGAUAUCAAAAUACAUUCCUCUGGAGAACAAGGCUGGCCUAGAGCAGGAACUCAAGCACUCACUGGAACUACGAGAUAAGGCAGAGGCAGUAAAUGAGAAACUGAGACUUAGUUAUAAUAGAAUUACAUUGGUUGCAAAUGCUGUGUCUGUCUGGGCAAAAUCCGACAAGAGCACCUCCUUGCAAGAAUUACUCUCUCAAGUCAUGGAAAAGAAGGAAGUUGUGAAAGCUGCUGCUGCCUUUAGCAUCUCUCAUAUAUUUGAACAUGACCCCAGCAAGAGUAAAGAGGCUGAAGAUUUGCUUGAAUAUAUUGAAAGAUUCAAUGAAUUAUUUUCAUAUGGUCAGUAUGAGGCUGCAGCAGUUUAUGCUGCAAACUGUCCUAGAGGAAUUCUCCGCAAUGAAGAAACCAUGAUGAAAUUUAAAGCUCUUGGUGCUGUUAAAGGGAGGAUUCUACCUUUGCUGAGAUAUUUUGAGGCCCUCAUAAGCUCAAGUGCUGCAGUUAAACAUCCUCUGUGUGCAGCCAUGACUCUGGAAGCAAUCAAAUGUGCAUUGUUUGAAAAACAGUUAAAUCUAGUUGUGCACUGGGUCACACAGCAAAGGCUGACGUUUUGUGAGGCAGUAGGGGAUGUGAUUUAUGACUAUGGGGAGGUGGAACCAUUCAACAAGUCCAAGUGCUUGGCUUUGGCUCAGAUUGCCUACAGUCAGUGUGGCGUGCACAAGAAAGCUGCUCUGUGCUUGUGUAAACAGGGCCAAAUUUGUGGAGCAAUGGAUUAUAUACAGCAAUUCAAACAGCUCACUUUAGAUGAUUACUUAUUCCUACUGAAAAACUGUCCUAGUAUUGAGCUAAUUCAUUGUCUAACUCAAGAGUGGAAUGAGAAACCAGCAUUAUUAUCCAUUGGGGCUACGAUCCUCUCACUCAUUGAUGCUGAUCACAAAGAGCAUGGUUUACAACUGUUAGAGGAAAUAAACAUGGGUGAGAAGAAUGCACUGGAACAAGUUAUUUUAAAUGAUACGGUCUGUACCUUGGAAGGUUGGAAGAAGAUCGCAGAUACAUGUGCAGAAAAUAAGCAUGAAAAAUUGUCUCAAGAAAUUCUCUCGAUCCUUACCUCACAGGAAGGAGUGGUUCAGAUUUCUCCAUUUGAUGAUGAUGAUGAUGUAAAGAUAAUGGAACACGUUUUCUUGUAAUUCUUCUGUAAAGCAAUUGGUGGAGCUCUAACAACAUUCAACCUAAGCAUCGUUUUAGUUGCUUCUAUGAAUUAUAGUAAACAUUUAUCACUCAGAAAUAGAGCUGAGACUUCUUUUUGCCAUCAAACGUAAAUUAGUAGCCCCUUUUAAUACUUGUGUGUUAACUGGGAAGGUAUUUUCAUUGUAGAACAAACUUGGCCUAUUUAUUUAAUUAAUAUUGUGAAAGUA